CAUGCAAAUUUCUCCUGUUUGAGUUUUUAUUUACUGUUUCAUUCAUCUUCUGACAGUAUCUGCCAGCAUAAUUUGGAGCAAAAGAAUCCACAGCGAAUGGUCAGGUCAGUUGGUCAGGUCUUUGGUUCUUUCUCAGCUGAAAAUGGAUCUUAAUGAAAAACCAGUGAUGAUAUCAUGCUAAAGUCUAUGCCAAUAUUCAAGUACAAAGAAGAAAGUAGUGCAGUAGUACUAAUGUGUAGCAGUGAAAUCAAAUAACGUUGUGUGAAAGUUUGAAACUUUGUUCACCUCCCCAAAGUGAGAUCCAUCUACAACAGCAAAAACAUAAAAGAGUACAAAUGGAAGAGGUGGCAUCAAAAUCUACCAAACUUGCUCAACAAACCCCAGAUGUCUCAAUGACUAUAGUCACAAGCACCAUGAUUUCCAGUGGCCUUACCAUCAAGAUAGCAAGUUGUUCAGGUAAAACAAGAGAGACUUUGACUACUACUCCCUCUCCCUCUGGCUCCAGUUCAGAUUUGCCAUCUCCAAAUAUAAAGAAUUCAAUAGAAUCAUCCCCAUACAACUCUCCCUCUCUUAUUUCCCCACCUUCAUCAGCAUUUGUUUCAGCCUUGCAAUCACCUUAUAUAUCUCCAAGGGCCAUGAUUAUGAAUCCAAAACCCCAAGAAAACCCAACUCCCCAAGACAACAACCCAACUCCCCUUACACUUUCAUCACCACUAAUCUCACAGUCAGAUGACAUUCCAAGCAGUUCCUACACACCCCCAUCUGACCAAUAUGAAUUUUCAGAUGACCCAGCUGACUCAAAGCUCAAAUUUUUGACCUGUGACCCUGCAGCUCCUCCACGCAUCUCAUUUUCUUUCCCAGUUCCUCGGAUAUCCUUUGCCAAAGGACAAGUCUCUCCUGCUUCCAAUGCCAAACUCAGGAGCUGUGAUGUUUAUGUUGGUUUUCAUGGUCAAAAUCCAAACUUGGUGCGUUUCUCUAAGUGGGUUAAGUCUGAGCUUGAGCUUCAGGGAAUUGCUUGCUUUGUUGCAGACAGAGCAAAAUACUCUGAUACUCAAAGCCAUGAGAUUGCUGACCGAGUUAUCUGCUCUGCCACUUAUGGGGUUGUGAUUGUUACUAAUUCCAGCUUUCUUAACCAUCUCAGUUUGGAAGAGAUCAGGUUCUUUGCUCAGAAGAAGAACCUUAUCCCACUCUUCUUUGACACUGGCCCUGCUGAGAUUGUGGGCCUUCUCAACUGCAAUUCCAUUGAUAAAGAAUGUAAAGAGGCAAUUGAUGGACUUAUCAAGUCCAACGAAUUCAAGCUGGAAGCCAGUGAGGGUAACUGGAGAAGCUGUGUCUCUAAAGCUGCUGCUAUUUUAAGAGCAAAGCUUGGUAGAAAGAGUGUGGCUGAGAGAGAUGUAGUAGUAGAAGGAUUUGAAGAGCUACCCUUUUCAAGAAACAGGUUUUUUGUUGGAAGAGACGAGGAGAUUUCAGAGAUUGAAACUCUCUUAUUUGGAUGUGGGGAGUGUCAGGAGCAAGAUUGUUCUUUGCAGGCCAUCAAAAGAAGUGAAGCCAGUGGCCAAUCUGAAGGCCUGGCAGAUGAGGAAAGUGAUGUGGCUAUAAGUAGAGGAGGGAGGUAUAUUAGUUUGGAGAUGGGAAAGAGCAAAGAACCAACUUUAGAGGCUUGGGUUGAACCGGUUUUAGGAAGGAAUUCAUUCAAGAGGUCUAAUAAUAAGUACAAAAAGUCCAAGAGUGGGAACUACAAGAGCUUAGGCAGCAAUGUAAUUUGCAUAAAUGGGGUUGCUGGCAUUGGCAAAACUGAGCUUGCACUGGAAUUUGCUUAUAGGUAUUCACAGAGGUAUAAGAUGGUUUUGUGGGUAGGUGGGGAAGCUAGAUACUUUAGGCAAAACAUAUUGAAUCUGUCUCUCAAUCUAGGAUUGGAUGUAAGUGCUGAUGUUGAAAAGGAAAGGGGGCGCAUUAGGAGCUUUGAGGAACAAGAAUUUGAAGCUUUUAAGAGAGUCAAGAGGGAGCUAUUCCGGGACAUGCCAUACUUACUGAUUAUUGAUAAUCUUGAGACUGAGAAAGAGUGGUGGGAAGGGAAGGAUUUGCAUGAUUUGAUCCCAAGGAACACUGGAGGGUCCCAUGUGAUUAUUACAACGAGGCUAUCCAAGGUGAUGAAUUUUGAUGCAAUGCAGCUUUUACCAUUGCCUUUGUCUGAUGCAAUGGUUUUGAUAAGAGGAAGAAGGAAGAAAGACUAUCCAGCUGAUGAAUUAGAGUUUCUGGGGAAAUUUGAUGAGAAAUUGGGAAGGUUGAGCUUUGGCUUGUGGUUGAUUGGUUCACUACUGUCUGAGCUUGCAAUUGGUCCUGCUACUCUUUUUGAAGCUAUAAACCAGGUGCAACUCAAUGAAGGUUCUCCUUGCUCUAAUAUAAGCAUCACUGAGGAACAGUAUUGUAAGAACAAUCCUUUCCUCAUGAAGGCACUACACUUCUGCUUUGCAGUCUUACAGCAAACUAAUGGUAGAAGGAAUCUUCUUGCCUCAAGAAUGUUUCUAGUUGGUGGUUGGUUUGCCCCGGCACCCAUUUCAUCGAGUUUAUUAGCAACUGCUGCUAAGAAUAUGCCUGCCUUAGGAAACCGGUUGAAGAAGUGGACCAGCUGUCUGGCUCUCACAUUUGGUUGCUGCACUGGUUGUUUAGCAUCACAAACUUGGAAUAGUGAAGAAGAUUCAGCCCUCAUUUUGGUUAAAUUGGGACUAGCACGAAGAGCCAACAAACAGUCUGGAUGUUGGAUCCAAAUCCAUCCCAUAACACAGGUAUUUGCAAAAAGAAAAGAAGGUUUACAAGCUGCCAAGGCCACAGUUCAAAGUAUGAGGAGAGCAGGCAAUCCAUUGAUAAACUCGGAUCAUUUAUGGGCUUCUGCUUUCCUUGUCUUUGGAUUCAAAUCUGAACCCCCACUGGUCCAAUUAAAGGCAAUCGACAUGGUUUUCUACAUCAAAAGAACAGCACUCCCUCUUGCAAUUCACGCCUUCACAACUUUCUCAAGAUGUAACUCAGCAUUGGAGCUAUUAAAGGUGUGCACAAAUGUACUUGAAGAAGUAGAGAAAUCGUUUGUAUCUCAAAUACAAGAUUGGUGUCAUGGCUCACUUUGUUGGAAGAACAAGUUGCAAGGUAGUCAAAGGGUGGAUGAAUAUGUGUGGCAGGAUGUGACAUUGUUGAAGGCUACAUUACUUGAGACUAGAGCGAAGUUGCUGUUGAGAGGUGGACAUUUUGACAGUGGUGAAGACCUAUGCAGGACUUGUAUUAGUAUCAGAACAGUGAUGCUUGGACAUAACCAUGCCCAAACCUUGGCGGCUCAAGACACUUUAGCCAAGUUAGUGAGGAUGAGGAGCAAAAUAUGAUGUACUCUUCCAUCAAAACAAUGAAUUCUAUGUUUUGGGGAACUCAGUUUUGUUUACAUUGUAAUCAUGUCUUAGUUAGAUGUAUAAUUACCAAAUUUUCUUAUA